AGGCACGCAGGGGUGGCGGGAGCUUCUGAAAAGCAAGAAAUAGAGAAAAAGCGCGCCUCCUUAAAAACUUACAAAACGAGCCGUCUGUUUUUGUCCGCCAAUGAAAAUCCUUUUACCCGCUCAUUUUGGUUUCGUUUCCUUCCAAAAAAAAUAAAUCACAGCCGUACGCGUGUCGAUCCUCCUUCCCGGUUCAGCAAUUUGAAAAGACCCUUUCUCUCUCUCAUAAGACUGAAAGAUCAGUGUUUUAUUUUGGGCAGCAAAACUCCAUUUUGAUUUUUGGUUUUGGGUUAGAGUGAGUGAGUGAGUGAAAGAGUGGUGGUAAUGGGAGAUUCUAACGGCAGGUUGUUGCUGAACCCUUGGGUUCUUAAUUUUGAAAAACUGGGUUUGGAGCUCAAAUGCCCUCUCUGUUUGAACUUUCUUAAUCGACCCAUGUUACUACCCUGCAAUCAUAUCUUCUGCAAUCGUUGUAUGCCAUGUUCGACUCAGUUUGGUGCGGUGUGCCCCGUCUGUCAAGCCCGAUAUGCUGAUGGAGCAGAUCUGAGGCAUGUACCAUUCAUGGAAAACAUGGCUACAAUCUAUAAAUGCUUGGAGGCCACUUUCUGUGCCACUUUGUUUCAGCCAACUCCCGCUGAUGGUGGGCGGGGUUUAGGGCAAAGCCCAGUUUCGAUUAAUAUCAAGUUUGAUGAUAAAAUAAGAAAGGAAUCACUUGCAAAUGCUCGAGGGAAGAAUUCACGCAGUGAGCAGUCCAAACAGAUUCAUGGUCCAUUUGUUAAAGAUGGAAUUGACAAGAAUGACAGAGUUGGUAAACACAGCAUGCCAAUGGAUAUUAGAGGUCAAAAUAUUGAGAUGACUGGUAAGAAAGGGACUAAAUUUAAUGGUGCAAUGAAUUCUCAUUCACAAUCAUCAAGGUCUCAUAUAAGAACUGGCGGAAAUGAAGAAUGUGGAACCAUGGAAAUAGAAAUGAAUCAAAUGGGCCAAUCAUCUCCAGAUAGCCCUCCUUCACUCGAUGAUGCCAAAGGUUCAGACGAUUGCAUCAUUAAUCAAUGCAGUGAACGUAGUUCAGAAAAUUGGUUAGUCAAAAGACCAAGGGAAAGUGAUGGCAACGAAAUAGGGCAGUUGAGGAAUGAAAGUUCUGCCUCUGAAAAUGACAGUCAUUUGGGGGAUGUGAUGAGAGCAAAGAAAUUAAACUAUGGGCCUGCAGAGUUGGGCAUAAGCAGUGCUGAAGAUAUUCAAGCAAUUUCUCAAUCUAGAAGUUCAAUGACUGAUUCUGAUAACAGUAUUUGUGCAUUUUGCCAAUCCUCUAAAAUCUCCGAGGUUUCUGGGCCAAUGUUGCAUUACUCUAGUGGGAAUUUGGUAGUUGGUGAUGAGGCAACCCAUCCGGAUGUCAUACAUGUGCACAGUGCGUGCAUUAAUUGGGCGCCCCAAGUGUAUUAUGUUGGUGAGACUGUUAAGAAUUUGAAGGCAGAAGUGGCAAGGGGUGCAAAGCUCAAGUGCAGUAGAUGUGGUCUGAAGGGAGCAGCUUUGGGUUGCUACGUGAGAUCCUGCCGAAGGAGCUAUCAUGUUACUUGUGCAAUGGAAAUCUCAAAAUGCCGUUUUGAUCAUGAAGACUUUCUGAUGCUCUGUCCAGCUCAUUCUUCAGUUAGAUUUCCUAAUGAGAAGUUAAAGUCUAGGAAACACAUUUCUAAAGACCAUGCUCUGUCUGCUCAGAUGAGUUGUCUGCUUGCCAAGAAUUGGUUAUCUUCACCAAAUGGGGAGAAAAAAUGGGUUUUAUGUGGAUCUGCUUUGUCUACCAAAGAGAAGAUUCUUCUAGUCAAGUUUGGCAAGAUGACUGGUGCAACCGUGUCCAAGUCCUGGAACCCAAAUGUCACACACAUGAUUGCAGCCACAGAUGAGAAUGGUGCAUGCACUCGGACAUUGAAAGUUCUCAUGGCUAUUUUGAAUGGGAGAUGGAUUCUUAAGUUUGAUUGGAUUAAAGCAUGCAUGGAAGCUAUGCAUCAUGUGGAUGAAGAACCUUAUGAAGUCGGUCUUGACAACUACGGAUGUUGUGAUGGCCCCAAAACUGGCAGGCUUAGGGCAUUGGAUAAUGCACCGAAGCUUUUUAAUGGUUUGAAUUUCUAUUUCGCUGGUGAUUUUGUGCUGAGUUAUAAGGAGGAUAUCAAAGAUUUGGUUAGAGCUGCAGGAGGGACUGUUUUGCCAAGUAUGGAAGAAGUGGUUGCACAAAGCUGUAAUGAAUCUUCAAAAACAUUAGUUGUAUACAAUAUUGAUCCUCCAGAGGGAUGCAAAUUGGGAGAGGAAGUUUCAAUCCUUUGGCAAAGGUUAAGUGAGGCAGCGGAUAUAGCCAAUAAAACUGGAUCCCAAGUAAUCGGUCACACUUGGCUGUUGGAAUCGAUAGCGGGAUGCAAAUUGCAGUCCAUCGUCACCGGAUUAAAGUAGCUUUCUACAAUGCAGUUAGCAUUUUCUUUUCUGCUAGGGGUAGAUUAUAUUAGGUACUAGCAGAAGAAAUCUAUAUGAAUUAGGUCCUUAGAGUUGUAUUUAAUUUCUUUUGCUCUUUUUUUUAUCUAAUAUUUGGGAUGUAAUGUAAAUGUUUAUUUGGCAUAUAUUUGAUUUUCGAUGAACAAAUUAAAAUUGGAAUGAAAGUAUCUUUUUAUUUUUUA